UAUCAUCGGAUGUUAGCGAUGGGUGACGGCACUUCAGUUACCUUCCAGGCGUACGCCAGUACGGUUGGGCGAGUUGUUGUUCAAGUGUACGGUUCCGCUCCAGCUCGGCAGCAAUGGCUGUACAUCAACCUUUCACAACAAUUGCUUCUACCCUAACGCUCCUGUUGUUGAUUUGCUCCAACGGCUUAACCAACGCCGAGCGGGUCGUGUGUAGCUUCUCAACCCAUGCCUCACAACGACCAGGCGAAUAUAGCUACCAGAUAGCAGAUAUUCCUGUUUCGCUCUGCACUCACCUGGUGUACGAUCACUUGGACAUCGAUUACUUUACUCACGAGCUCAUACCCAACAAUCCGGCCUAUGACGUGUUGGAAAAUGGUUGGCAAAAGUUCUCCGGCCUGAAGCGCACCAACCCGGACCUGAAGCUUCUGAUAAGCGUCCGCAGUCCGAUCCUGCUGGAGGUGGCUGAAGAUGCGACAUCACGCAAGACGCUUAUCGGACACAUACUGCAGCAGAUCGAGUGGAUGAAGGUCGAUGGUGUGGAGCUGAUGUGGGCGGGAGGAAACGAAGAUGGUUUAUACAUGUUACUGAAGGAACUUAAAAGCAGCUUCAUCGCUGCCGGACAUCCAACGUGGGAGGUAAGCGUGUUGGUGCAGAUCGAACAAGAAGUCGUGGAUUACGCGAAGCUAUGCAGGCUGGUCGAUUUUGUGCAUCUUUUAGGGAUCGGUGAACGUAAGCCGCGCUAUCGCGACAACAGUGCAACACCGACAGCGAAAACAACGCUCGGCGUAGGCGAGCUUAAGAAUGCGAGUCUCGAGCGUGCCCUAGAUCACUUCAUCGAGACUCGCUGUCCCGCGAACAAGAUCGUACUGAUAGUGUUCCUGUUCGCCCAAACGUACACGCUGGGCAAUGCGGAAAACGGGGACGGUCCGACCGAGCUUAACACACUUUGUACCGUGACGGAAGGAAUGCCCCACUGUGCGUAUGUGGAGUUUUGUCAGAAGUUAAACGAAAGCGAAUGGACGCUUGGUUCGGACGAUCCGGAAGGAUUUGCACCGCACGCAAUCCAGAGCAAUCGUUGGGUGGCGUACGAGAAUGAAGCUUCCAUUGGGCGACAGGGUGAGAUCGCGAGAAGGAAACAUUUGGCCGGCGUAUACGUGUUCUCGCUGGAUCUGGAUGACUACCGUGGCAAGUGUGGCACAUUGUACCCUUUAACUACGGCGCUGAGCAGAUCGCUUACAGGUAGGGAUAAGGAAGUGAAGCAAUCAAAGUAAUUACUCACUUAAUAACGAUGGCAUUGAUUACCUGUUGAUUCUGACCAGAUUGGACGUAUUGAGUUGGUUUUAUGUUUGAAAUAAAAAUGUAUUUUACUGCCCCUAA